AUCCCUCUCAUCCAUAGACUCACACUCAACAUCUCUCUCUCGAACUCACGCGUGCCGGCGUCUCGCCGUGGUUCGCGUGUCGCUGCCUUCCCUUGGCUCGUCGUCGCCGGCGGCAGAAGCAACGCAACCAGCAGCUAGCCCUCGCCAUCUUCUUCCUUCGUUGCCCUCCCUGGGCUCGUCCUCGCUCGUCAUCUUUUGGCUUCGGGGCCUCUCCGUCGCUUCCUUCUCGCCGGUCUCGUCGCCGAGUCUCCGUGGACCGUGGUGGCUGAGUUGCAAACUCCAGUACACAACACAUUUGGCAGAGACACGAUUAACAGUGUUUCAUUCCCGUUUGUCGAAAUCUCAGCUUCUAAAUGGUUCGGAAGCGAUUUCAGGCACAGGAACCCAAAACAGGUCUAUACUAUGCUCAGAACUUCCUAAAGAAAAUUGGGUUAGGAAAAGAGAACUAUUACUUCUGGAAACAAAUCGGUAAGGCUUUGCUUUGCACCUACGCAAUUGCAGGCGCAGUGUGGCUAUACAACGAGACAUCGCCACUAGGGUGGUGGACGCUGAAGCCGCGACCAAAAGAAGAGUGGGAACUAGCUCACUUGUAUGAGUACCGACAGUUCCCAUACCCUGGAGAUGAGGAAGCAAUGCAGGAGUUCAUUGCAAAGGGUGGAAUGAUUGGAACAACCAUUGGUCCUAAAGGGACUAUUGAGACUGAUAAGGAUGCAUUAAAUUACCAGAAACAGUUACAGGACAAGAAGUUUGAGCAAGAAGCUCUGAAAAUGUGGAUGAGGAUGAGGAAUGAGGUCAUUGGUGAGCUUCAGGAACAAGGCUUUGAUUUAGAAUGACUCUAGUAAAACUUGAUAAUUAGAUAAUAUGAACUUUUUGUGUGGCUAAAGAACACAAUGUUGGAAAAACACCUUCAUGGUAGUAAAUAGAUUUUGCAUUAUUAAA